CUUGUGUCCUGUUCUGUGUCUGAUAUCUCCAACAGCUCUCCUGUGUUCAACCUCCCAUAGCUUGCCUUUUCUCUCAACCAGCUCCUGUUCCUCUGCUAUAUAUCCCAGCUCUUCCCUUUGCAUCCUCUGUGUUGCUACCACUAACCCAACCACUCCAAGAAGGAUUUACCACAAUGGCCCAACUAUCCACUGUUCCCAGUGUCCUUUCCAACAGACCCCACUACGACGAAGACCACAUCAGGUCCAUUGACAACGAAAACAAACGAUUGACUGAACAGGCCUUGAAAAAUUUAUCCACUUUUACUUACAUCAACGAUUCCGAUUGCGAGAAUAGCCCAAUUUCCAAUAGCAAGUCUAGCAAGUCCAGCAAGUCCAGCAAUAUAGAUACUCCUAAUACUGGCAAAAACGAUUCCAAUUUGGAUCCCAACGCCACAAGAAACUCAACUAAAAGUCAACUCAAUCACUACAAAAAUGAUAUCUUCGACGAUAUUACUCAAUUUAACCUAAAUAACCUCAACGACUUGGCUAAAACAACAAUUAUCGAUUCUUCUUUAUUGCCAAAUAAUAAUCAAAUCAAUACCAAUAAUAACACACAUAGUAUACAUAAUUUAAACAAUAUAAAUAAUAUAAAUAAUAUAAAUAAAAUAGCUUAUAUGGAUAUGCCUGAUCAAAUAAUUCCUCCAAAGGAUUUCCCAGUAAAAGCAAAAUGUGGUAACUCCUUGAAUUUAGAUCUCUUCAAUAUUACUAAUAAUGAUAGCCAAAUAAUAAGUGGUCCCAAUAGUACUAAUAACUCAAAUAUUGAUGAUGAUUUCCCAAGCAUAACUAAACAGCUAAAUAAUUCAAAGACUUCCCAAUUAAUAGCAAAUAAUUCAGUCGAAAAUCUUAACCAAAACCUAAAUCAAAAUAAUAAUAAUAAUAAUAAUAAUAAUAAUAAUAAUAAUAAUAAUAAAAUGAUAAUAAAAACAUAAAUCAAAAUUCAAAUCAAAAAGACAAUAUCAUUAUUACUAAUGAUAAUAAAACCACUACCACUACCACUACCACUACUAAUGCUGAUACUAAUAUCAAUACCGAUACUAACACUAACAUUAGCACUAACAACAAUACAGUUAAAAAAAA